UGAGCACUAGCAACAGCAUCAGCAGCAGCAGCAUCACCUGUGGGAUAGAGAGCGAAAGCGAGCGAUAGCCUGAAUGAAGUGGGCUGUCCAAACCGUCAAAAUCGGCUUUCCUGCAAGAAUCACUGCUCCAAUUUGCUCGUCUAGUCUCGCCCGAACUCUCUACACGAGCCGUACCAACAUGCAAGCAGAGGAGGACGAGGAGAUGAACAUGAACGCUGUUGGAAGCAGCUCAAAGUCAGACUCCAGGGAUCCUGGAUUUAUGGCAUACCUUCCGGAUGAGCCUGGAAUGUCCAAAAAUGCCAUGAAGAGAGCCGCCAAGCAGGCGUUCAGAGAAGCCCAUCGUGAUGAGUGGAAAGCCUCGGUGAAGGCAAAGAAAAAAGAGAAGAAAGCGGCUCUUAUGGAACAGCUUGAAGCUGGUACGCUGGACGAAGAAGGUUUGGCGAGCCUUGAGCGACAGCGUGAAAGUCGACGAAUCAAGAGGAAACUACUGGCGGGGACCGGUCCGGAUAAGGAGGUCUGGAAAGGCGGGCUAGUCGUGGAUUUGGGUUUUGACAAUCUCAUGGCUGAAGCGGAGGUAAAAUCACUGGCUUCUCAAUUAUCGUUUCUCUACGCAACAAAUCGUCGAGCCGCUCGUCCAUUUUCUGCUAUCCUGCACACUUCCUUCUCAGAGACUGCCUCGCCAGUCCUGUGGAGCAUCAUGAAAGAAAGAGGUUGGCAGUCCUGGGAUCAGUGUUAUUGGUGGCACGAGGGCAUGGCGGACCUCGCUAAAACGUUUGGGUUGAGUCCGAAACCAAAGCGCAAGACUCCAAAGUCUCCUUCGAGAUCUAGGUCAUCCUCUCCGCGUUCCCCAGAAGUAGUAUCCAAGGCAGAGUCAUCUACAGCGACCACGGGCUCCUCUUCUCACUUGGAUCAUGAAAUGGGCGCAAGUUUGCCUACGGAACAAUCGGAGAAACCACACUCCAUCGAGCAGACAAAUGGCACACCUACGGUCAUGCAAGAGGACGACACUAGAACUGAACUUCCUCCAUCGUUAUCUAAAGACACCCACAAGCUCGUGUACCUGUCUGCCGAUGCGUCAGAGGAGCUGAUAACGUUGAGCGAGGAUGAGGUGUAUAUCCUUGGAGGCUUAGUAGACAAGAAUCGAUACAAGCUGCUCUGCGAGGACAAGGCAAAGAGUCUCGGCAUCAGGACGGCCAGGUUACCGAUUGGACGAUACAUUGCGGAUUUACCUACCCGUAAAGUAUUGACUGUGAAUCAGACCUUUGAGAUCUUGGUCAAGUACCUCGAGCUGAACAAUUGGGCUCAUGCGUUUGCUGCCGUCAUUCCACAGCGAAAAUUCGCUGCCGUGAGCAAGAAGACGUUGUUGAGGCAGAGGUCAAAAGUGGCUUCAGAGCCAGCAAAUCUGGGAGACGAUGCUUCAGAGGUCCAACUCCAAGAGGGAGAGCACGAUGCUGCAUGAUGCAUUAAAUCCGCCGUUC